UUCUCUGUGUCAGCUGUGAUGUGGCCCCUGGAUAAUGUUUACACCCUUUUUCUCUCAUAAAGGUCCCAGCAGGACUAUUCCCCUCCAGCUGAUCCGGUUGUCUCCUCUUCCCCUCCAGCUGAUCCGGUUGUCUCCUCUUCCCCUCCAGCUGAUCCAGUUGUCUCCUCUUCUUCCCCUCCAGCUGAUCCAGUUGUCUCCUCUUCCCCUCCAGCUGAUCCAGUUGUCUCCUCUUCUUCCCCUCCAGCUGAUCCAGUUGUCUCCUCUUCCCCUCCAGCUGAUCCAGUUGUCUCCUCUUCCCCUCCAGCUGAUCCAGUUGUCUCCUCUUCUUCCCCUCCAGCUGAUCCAGUUGUCUCCUCUUCUUCCCCUCCAGCUGAUCCAGUUGUCUCCUCUUCCCCUCCAGCUGAUCCAGUUGUCUCCUCUUCCCCUCCAGCUGAUCCAGUUGUCUCCUCUUCCCCUCCAGCUGAUCCAGUUGUCUCCUCUUCCCCUCCAGCUGAUCCAGUUGUCUCCUCUUCUUCCCCUCCGGCUGAUCCGGUUGUCUCCUCUUCUCCCCCUCCAGCUGAUCCAGUUGUCUACUCUUCUCCUCCAGCUGAUCCAGUUGUCUCCUCUUCCCCUCCAGCUGAUCCAGUUGUCUCCUCUUCUUCCCCUCCAGCUGAUCCAGUUGUCUCCUCUUCUCCUCCGGCUGAUCCAGUUGUCUCCUCUUCUUCCCCUCCAGCUGAUCCAGUUGUCUCCUCUUCCCCUCCAGCUCAUCCGGUUGUCUCCUCUUCUCCUCCAGCUGAUCCAGUUGUCUCCUCUUCUUCCCCUCCAGCUCAUCCGGUUGUCUCCUCUUCUUCCCCUCCAGCUCAUCCGGUUGUCUCCUCUUCUUCCCCUCCAGCUCAUCCGGUUGUCUCCUCUUCCCCUCCAGCUCAUCCGGUUGUCUCCUCUUCCCCUGAAUGACCCCAAGGAUGGAGAAGGACAGGAAUGAGAUAACUAAGAGAAUAUCACACUUCACCUUGGAGAUCCUCCACCUGCUGACCGGAGAGGAUUACACCAUAGUGAAGAAGACAUCAGGGGAGUGUGUGGCCCCCAGCAGCCAUCUCCAUGAGUCAGGAGGACAGAGCAGGGCCCGGGGCCCCAUCACGGAGCCUCCACCUCACUCACUGAUACAUGAGGAGAAGAUCCUAGAACUCAUCCACAGGAUCACUGAGCUGCUUACUAGAGAGGUUCCUAUAAGGUGUCAGGAUGUGGCGGUCUAUUUCUCCAUGGAGGAGUGGGAGUAUGUAGAAGGACACAAGGAUCUGUACCAGGACAUUAUGGAGGACCCCCGGACCCUCACAUCACAAGAAAAUUCAAGUAAGAACUUUGGGGAAAGUGUCUCAGUUUCACUAAUUUGUAAAGUGGAAGAUGGAGAGAUUAUGGAGCGCUCCUCAGGAGAAGAUGGAGAGAUCAUGGAGCGCUCCUCAGGAGAAGAUGGAGAGAUCAUGGAGCGCCCUAAUGUCCAUCUAGGAUUUCACAGGACAGAUCUAUUGUAUAAUCAUCAGGAACCUUCUCCUGACCGACCACAUAUUGUCACCACAAGGACAGGUCGGGAUGGAGGGACGAUGUUUCAAUGUUAUGAAUGUGGGAAACAAUUUUCAGAAAUUUCCACUCUUUUUACGCACAGAAAAAUCCACACAGGGGAGAAACCAAACUCCUUUUCAUUCUGUGGAGAAGGUCGUACAGACACAUCAGAUCUUGUUACACAUGGGAAAAGUCACACAGCAGAGACAUUUAUAUGUUCAGAAUGUGGGAAAUGUUUUAGAACUAAAACUCAGCUUUUUACACAUCAGAGAACACACACAGGAGAGAAACCAUAUUCCUGUUUAGUAUGUAGGAAAUGCUUUACAGAUAAAUCUAGCCUUACUAAACAUCAGAAAAUUCACACCGGGGAGAAGCCGUUUUCAUGUUCAGAAUGUGGAAAAUGUUUUAUUACUAAAGCCAAACUUAGGAAUCAUCACAGAUUACACACGGGAGAAAAGCCUUAUUCAUGCUCACACUGUGGAAGAGGUUUUAUGAAGAGAGCAGAUGCUCUUACACAUCAGAGAGUUCACACAGGGGAGAAACCGUAUUCAUGCUCAGAGUGUGGGAAAUGUUUUAUAGACAAACCACGUCUGGUUAGACAUAAGAUAAGUCACACGGGAGAGAAGCCGUAUUCAUGCUCAGAAUGUAUGAAAUGUUUUACUACAAAAAGCUUACUGAAGGCUCAUCAGAGACUUCACACAGGAGAUAAGUUAUUUUCAUGUUCAGAAUGCGAGGCAUGUUUUAUGGAUAAAGCAAGUCUUAUUACACAUAAGAGAAGUCACACAGGAGAGCAGCCGCAUUCAUGUUCAGAAUGUGGAAAAUGUUUUACAGAAAAAUCAAGUCUGGUUAGACAUCGGAAAAGUCACACAGGGGAGAAGCCAUAUUCAUGUUCAGCAUGUGGGAAAUGUUUUAUGAAUAAAUCCGAUCUGGUUAGACAUCACAGAGUUCACACAGGAGAGAAGCCGUAUUCAUGUUCAGAAUGUGGAAAAUGUUUUGGUUUUAAAUCCAAUCUUAGUGAUCAUCAGAGAACUCACAGACAGAAGAAGCCGUUGUGAUGUGUGGGAAAUGUUAUACAAGGAAAUAAAAUGUUAACGUGUA